UAUAUACAAGUAAAAUGCCUUGUUUCAAGUAUUGGACUCAGUUAAAACAGAUAUGUGGCGUUAUUUGUUGCUGAUUGUGUUUUUGGUGGGCCAAAUCGUGGAGAGCCAAAAGUCUUCGAAAAAAGCAGCGCCUCCUGAACCUUUGGAACCCACUGAGGCCCCCGAACUCCCAGAGGGAACAUCUCCACCGAGUCCAGUCGGAGGAAAUAAACCCGGGACACAAAAAUCAUCGGCAAAGGGAUCCGUUGCCGGUGCACCUGUCCUAGAUGCAAAUGGCGAACCUAUAGAACCACCAGAACCUACAGAAGCACCCGAAAUCACGACCAAACCAGUGGUGCCAGGCGCCAGCAAUGUGGAUGGAGGUAGCAACACAAAAACAGCAGCAGCCAAAACUGAUAAAGCAACAGCAGGCGGGUCCAAAAAAGAAGCAGCAGGCGGAUCCAAAAAAGCAGCAACCAAUGCCAGUUCUUCCCCAGCAGCAGCAUCAACAACUGAGCCGCCUGAGCCAACCGAAGCACCGGAACCUGGAGCUGGGACCAGUGGCACAAAAGCUGGAGGUAAAGUAGCCAAGAAAGGGGGCGCAGAAGCAGGGACGGGCGGAUCCAAAAAAGCAGCACCAAAGGAUGCUUCUCCAGCAACAGCUAAAGCCGCACCGACAACUGAACCGCCUGAGCCAACCGAAGCACCUGAACCUGGGACUGGAACCGGAAGUAAGGGGGGCAAGAAAGGGGCGCAGAAGCAGGGGCCGGCGUAGAGGCAGCUAGUGCGGAAGCUUCAGUCUAAACAUCUUUAAUAUGAAAGGGGCAACGCUAACGAAGCAAGGGAACUUCUAUACCCGAGGAAGAACAGCGCAAUCUAAAAUGUCCAAUUUUACUUAAUUAAGUUUGAUGUAAAGAACUUUUCACAAUUUUCUUGUAAGAUAACAUUCAUUACUGUGUCUCAGUCAUUUUGAAGUAAUGAGUAUGUCAUAGAAGAUCUUUUCCAAGAUCGCAGCUGGGAGAAAUUAAAAAAAAAAAUAAAUCA